AUGCCGCAGUCGGAAACACCAACGUUUUCUUCUGAACAGAUUGUAAAGAUAUGUGAACAACUUGAAGAUGCUGGCAAUGUUGAAAGGCUAGCCGCAUUUCUUUGGUCAAUAUCACACCAGCAGCACAGUGACGAAGUGACAGCCGUUUUGCGAAGUCAUGAAUCGGUGCUCAGAGCGCGUGCUCUCGUUUGCUUCCACAUGGGAAAUUUCCAAGAAAUGUACCGAAUUUUGGAAUCACACAAGUUCACCAAUGGCUCACACAGCAAGCUGCAAGCAAUGUGGCAGGAAGCACAUUACCAGGAAGCCGAGAAAUUGCGGGGAAGACCGCUUGGACCGGUGGAUAAAUAUCGAGUGCGAAAAAAAUAUCCGAUGCCACGAACAAUUUGGGACGGUGAGCAAAAAACUCACUGCUUCAAGGAACGAACUAGGUCGUUGUUACGGGAGUGGUACUUGCAAGAUCCUUAUCCAAAUCCGAGUAAGAAGAAAGAAUUGGCGUCAAAAACGGGUCUAACUGCCAUGCAAGUAGGAAAUUGGUUUAAAAAUCGACGCCAGCGUGAUCGAGCAGCUGCUGCAAAAAACAAAACACUACCAUAA